CCCCGAUCACUGUCGGCCAAUUCAACACCGUGGUCAAUCAAUGCUGUUGAUGGGCAACAACAUCCGAGCAACGGUUCUCGCAAGCAAGCCUCCUGAAGCCGCGAUUUUGUCUCGCAUCACAAACAGCGUCGAAAGCCGGCAUUGGACAAGGGCCAUAUCUGCAGGAUGCUUUCCAGUCUACAAAAUCCGCGGCAGGCUGCCGCACAGCUGAUGAAUUUCGGCUUGAUCCUGUCGACAGCCUUCAUGGUAGAUGUGGAAAGGUCUUUCGGUGAUUACUGAUUCGCCUUCUCCGAUCGUUGUCGUUCUCUCGGGCAGUAUGGAGCCGGCUUUUCAACGAGGCGACCUACUUCUUCUCUGGAACCGAAACCUCUUCUCAGAGACAAACGUUGGUGAAAUUGUCGUCUACAAUGUGAAAGGGAAAGAUAUUCCCAUUGUGCAUCGGGUUGUCCGGAAAUUUGGCACAGGGCCGGACGCGAAGCUUCUCACCAAAGGCGACAACAACGCAGCAGACGAUACAGAAUUGUACGCUCGCGGGCAGGACUAUCUAAACAGGAAAGACAUUGUUGGGAGCGUCGUGGGCUACUUGCCUUUCGUCGGGUACGUGACCAUCAUGCUUUCUGAGCAUCCGUGGUUGAAAACGGUUAUGCUUGGAUUGAUGGGGCUGGUCGUGGUGCUCCAGCGCGAGUAGUUCACCCCAUGGAAUAAAAUGAAUGGCAGG